CACCGCCAUAUCGUGCGCAUCGGAUCACCAGAUUCCCUUCCCAUACCAUAAUCCAUCCAGCUUCGAAUCAUUAAAACAUCUUCACUGUAACAGAAAGGGAGAAAGUUCAAGCUUGAUUUUCUCAUUUUUCUCUGUCCGCGAUGGACACCGAAUCAGUGAUCGAGUUCUUAGGUGCUGUUCCUUUGCUUCAGAGGCUCCCUAGCUCGUCUCUCAAGAAAAUUGCCCAACUCGUUACUGUUAAAAGCUACGAGAAAGGGCAGUAUGUUGUUCGUGAGGGAGAGAUUGGGGAAGGAAUCUAUUUCAUCUGGGAAGGAGAGGCUGAAGUAUCUGGAUCAGUUCAUGCUGAGGAAGUCACUCGUCCUGAGUUUCAAUUGCAACGCUAUGAUUACUUUGGUGAUGGUGUCAUCGCUUCCAUUCAACAGGCAGAUGUUAUUGCUUUGACUAAGCUGACGUGCUUGUUGCUGCCCCAUGAACAUUGCACUUUACUUCGGCCAAAAUCAAUGUGGAGUGCUGAUAAGACUCCAGACUCAUGUUCACUUGUGGAGAGUAUAUUGCAUUUGGAGCCAAUAGAAGUGAACUUAUUCCUGGGGAUUACCUUGCCAGAUGCCCCAAAAUUUGGAAAGGUCUUUGGGGGACAGUUUGUUGGGCAGGCGCUGGCUGCUGCAUCAAAAACUGUUGAUUGCCUUAAAAUUGUUCAUAGCCUGCAUGCAUAUUUUCUUCUUGUUGGGGAUUUCAACAUGCCAAUUUUAUAUGAAGUUGACCGUGUACGUGAUGGGAAAAGCUUUGCCACCAGAAGAGUUAAUGCAAUACAAAAAGGGACCGUUGUAUUUACUUUGAUCGCUUCAUUUCAGAAAGAACAACUUGGGUUUGUCCACCAAGAAGUCACUAUGCCAAAUGUUCCAGAACCAGAGAUGCUUCUGUCAUUGGACGAGCUGCGAGAGAGACGUCUAACUGAUCCUCGUCUUCCAAGGAGGUAUCGGAACAAGGUGGCCUCAAAAGAUUUCAUCCCUUGGCCCAUAGAGAUAAGGUUUUGUGAGCCGAACACCAACACUAAUCAGACAAAAUCUCCUCCAAGCUUGAGGUACUGGUUUAGAGCAAAAGGAAAACUUUCAGAUGACCAGGCAUUGCAUAGAUGUGUAGCAGCAUAUGCUUCAGAUCUUAUAUUUCUUCAAGUCAGUAUGAAUCCCCACCGCACUAAGGAUUUGAAGACAACUUCUGUUAGUCUAGACCACUCGAUGUGGUUCCACCGCUCAUUUAGAGCUGAUGACUGGAUAUUAUUUGUGAUUAAGAGUCCUGCUGCUGCCCACUCACGUGGCUUUGUAUCCGGCCAAAUGUUUAAUAGAAAGGGGGAGCAUGUUGUAUCAUUGACGCAAGAGGGUCUGCUUAGGAAAGCUUUAGCACCAAACCCAACCACUGCGUCCAAGCUGUGAAGGGACCUCUUUGCUGCGAAAGUCGUGGUGAAAGUAUUGUUGUAAAUUCAGUAUUACUUAAUUUUCGCUUUUUUUUUUUAAUUAUUUUUCUUAGUAGCAGCUGUUAUCAAGACCCAUAUUGAUCAUGUUUCAGUAUUAUGUAUUGAUAACUAAAAUAUCAUAUAGCCUAUAGCUCCAAGAUUUGCCUCUUCAUUCAAUAAAGUUUGAUUUCUGGCAGCCUA